ACAAAAAAAGAAGAGCAUAGCAAUCAGAAAUCCCCUCAAAAUGGAAAAGAACCCGCAAUAUAUCUAAUCUCCUCUCACGACUCCUGGUACUUUGAAGAGACAACCGUCACCUUUCUUAUGUUCAUCCAUACCUUAUACUGUAUGAUAAAAUAAAAUAAAACAUAGCAACAGUAUCAAUCAAUAUCUAUCUAUCACAUCGAACACAAUGAUCUCAGUCACUCACGCUCUCGAAACUGUUCUUAACGCCGCUAAACGUCUUCCACCAAUUUCCGUUUCACUUCACGAAGCUCUUGGUAAAGUCUUAGCACAAAACGUUCACGCCGUUGAUCCUUUACCUCCUUACCCUGCUUCCGUCAAGGACGGUUAUGCGGUUGUUGCUGCGGAUGGGCCUGGAGAAUACCCGGUGAUUGCGGAGUCAAGAGCUGGUGAUGAUGCCGUUGGUGUUACUGUGACCCCUGGAACUGUUGCUUAUGUAACGACCGGAGGACCGAUACCUGAUGGUGCUGAUGCAGUUGUUCAGGUUGAAGAUACUGAAAAAGUCAACAGUGCUUCGGAUGAGAUUGACCGGGUCAGAAUAUUGGUCAAAACCAAUCAAGGCAAUGAUAUACGCCCAGUGGGAGUUGAUAUUGAGAAAGAUGCAGUGGUCUUAACAUCUGGAGAAAUAUUAGGUGCUUCCGAGAUUGGCUUGCUCGCUGCAGUUGGUGCGACGACGGUUAAGGUGUACCCUACUCCAACUAUUGCUGUUCUUUCUACCGGCGAUGAGCUUGUGGAGCCAUCUACUGGGCAUCUGAGUCGUGGUCAGAUUAGGGACUCUAAUCGUGCCAUGCUUCUGGCAGCCGCAGUACAGCAUCACUGCAAAGUUGUGGACCUUGGUAUCGCUAAGGAUGAUGAAGAAUCCCAAGGAAGGAUCUUGGAUAAGGCUUUUGCUUCUGGAAUCAACAUUCUCAUAACUUCAGGAGGUGUUUCAAUGGGAGACAAAGAUUUUAUUAGGCCUUUGCUUGAAAAGCGAGGAAAAUUACAUUUUGAUAAGGUGUCUAUUAAACCAGGCAAGCCGUUUACUUUUGCAGAGAUUGACUCUCAAUCAACAGAAAGUAAAAUUCUAGCUUUUGGACUACCUGGAAAUCCUGUCAGUUCUUCAGUUUGCUUUCAUCUCUUUGUGGUCCCUGCUAUACGCCAGCUUGCAGGGUGGACAAAUCCUCAUCAUCUGAGGGUACAAGCUCGGCUUCAACAACCCAUAAAGACAGAUCAAUUUAGACCAGAAUAUCAUCGUGCCACUGUUAUAUGGACUGACAAUGAUGGAACAGGCAGCCCUGGUUUUGUCGCCAAGAGCACUGGUCAUCAGAGGAGCAGUCGACUACUUAGUAUGAAGUCAGCUAAUGCCUUUUUGGAAUUUCCAGCAACAGGCAGUGUUGUAUCUGCUGGGACUCCUGUGGCCGCUAUCAUAAUUUCCAACCUAACACCUGUGGAUUUUGCCAAGAAUCAUAUAUCAUCAGACUCAAACUUUGCUCCGCCAGGAAUUAAAUCAAAUAAAAUAACUACAGAUUCUUCUGGCAGUGCUGACCUCAGAGUGGCUAUUCUUACAGUAAGUGAUACAGUUGCUGCGGGGGCUGGACCUGAUCGAAGUGGUCCCAGGGCAGUUUCUGUUAUUAAUUCUUCUUCAGAAAGGCUAGGAGGUGCCAAAGUUGUAGCAACCUCUGUUGUUCCAGAUAAUGUGGCAAAAAUUCAGGACAUUCUAAGAAGAUGGAGCGAUAAUGAACAAAUGGAUCUUAUAAUUACUCUUGGUGGUACUGGCUUUACCUCGCGAGAUGUAACGCCGGAAGCUACGAAAGAGUUGAUCGAAAAAGAAACACCUGGUCUUUUGUAUGUAAUGAUGCAAGAGAGUUUAAAGGUGACUCCAUCUGCAAUGCUUUCACGAUCUGCAGCUGGAAUCAGAGGAUCAACCUUGAUCAUUAACAUGCCGGGAAACCCGAAUGCUGUUGCUGAAUGUACGGAAGCCUUAUUGCCAGCACUUAAGCAUGGUCUAAAGCAGCUCAGGGGGGAUAAGAGAGAAAAACAUCCUCGGCACAUUCCUCACGCUGAAGCAGUUCCUACAGAUGUUUGGGAACGGAGUUAUAUGUCAGCCACUGGUGCUGGGGGCUCUGAGGUCUCUUGUUCCUGUUGUAAGUAAAUUUGAUUACAUUUUCUCGCUUGCUUCCCCCUUUUGCCCCCAAGCAUCCUUAGAGGAGAUUGGUUAUGUAGUUACUAUCCGAUAGUGAGCUGAAUGGAUGAAAUGAAAUAAACAAAUUAUGAUAAAGUUACCUUUUUGUUAUGUGAAUAUUUCGUAUUGUAAUAAAAUGUCAUGGAAUAAAAGAGAAUAUAGAUGUCUGUUUAUGAAAUAUACAGCAUGUCUACAUGACAACUGAACUAAAGUACAGUUUACAGAGUCUGAACUCUAUGUAUAAUUUUAUUCUUUUAUUUGAUAUAUGCAUUUAAACGCAUAUGAAUAUAAUA